AUGAGUCCACGAGCCUCACUCCUGGCACUGAGCUCACUCCUCUUCAUCUCACCCACCAUCGCCAGCUAUGCAUUCUACGUCGGCAAAGAUCUCACGGCCGAUGGCAGCGUCCUGCUUGGCGGAACCGGCGAGGAAGUCUCGAGCCAUUGGUUGCAGCUUUUCCCAGCCAAGGACCAUCCAGCGAAUGCUACGAUUACCGUUGGUGUGACGGAAGAUGCAGUGUUGCCCGGAUAUCUGAUUGAAAUCCCGCAAGUGAAUCAUACGUUUCGGUAUAUGUCGAUGGAGUAUUCCGAUUUCGAAGGGUUUCCUGCUCCGUUGACGAAUGGUGGGUUGAAUGAGAAGGGCGUGGCUGUUAGAGAUGUAUGGGCAGACGGCAGAACGGAGCUGGUCGACAUGACGCCCAAGAACCAGACUGGUGUCAACUACUCCGACUUGGCCCGCAUCGUGAUGGAACGAGCCAACACAGCACGCGAAGGCGUCGAGAUCAUUGGCGAUCUGAUCUCAAAGUACAACUAUGCCACAUACGGCGGCAACAGCCAUCUCAUCGUCGACAAGGACGAAGGCUGGGUAGUUUGGGAAUUUCCCGGUGGCGAGAAACUCUGGGCUGCAGAACGACUCGGAUCAGAUGUUGUGCGAGUGUCCUAUCCAGGCUACAUUGAGGACUUUCCUGCGGAUUUUGCGACCAGUAGCGAGUACGCAGGUUCGCCGAACAUCGUAUCUUUCGCUGUUGAGCAGGGCUGGUGGGAUCCUGAGGGGUCUGAGCCUUUCAACAUCUUCAAAGUAUAUGGGUUGCAGGGCAACUACUCCGCUCGUGAUGGUGGCUUCAAGUACAUGUCGCAAGCAGCUCUUGAGAAUGCUACGUUGGAGAUGGCGCCCGUGACAGAAGCUAAGCUUAUUGAGCGAGUGCGCGACUACCGGAUCUCGGACGACGAAGCAGGAUACGGACAAGUCGUUUCCCUCAAAGAUGACAUCGAUCCAGACCUCCUCCGCAUCUGGAACGCCCCCACCAGCUCCGUAACCGCCCCCUUCAACCCCUACUGGUUAGGCGUAAACAGCAUCCCGCCAGAAUACGCCGAACACCGCUACCUAACCACAGGCGCCUCCUCAUCCUUCCUCAACACAGACUACCAAUUCCAAGAAGCCACCCACUUCGCCGGCCGCAUCUACAAACAACUCCUCUACUACACCUGCUCGAACCCGCACACCUACCUCCCCAUCGUGCAAGAGAUCCUGCACGGGCUAGAGAACGCCUCGCGCACGGAUAUCGACGUCGUGGAGAAGGGUGCUGGGCUGCUUAUUGAAUCUGGAGAUCGGGAGGGCGCGAAGCAGUUGUUGACGAUGUUUUCGCAUGCAAGGGCUGCGGAGGCGGUAGUUGCAGGACGGAAACUUGUGGAUGCGUUGGAUUCGUAUGUGCAGUUGACGGGACGGUGGAGGAGUCCGGUUGGGGAUGAGACCAAUGAUCCUGGUGAUGGGAAGGAGACGGUGAAUUGUUUGGUGGGAUUGGAUCCUGAUCAGCCGAGUUGGAAGCAGCCGGAGCAUCCCAUCAAGAAGAGGAGAGCGGCGAAAGGAAAGGCUGCAGCGAUGAAGCGAGAUCUUUGA